AUGUCACAGCAAUGUAUAACAGAACAACCUCAAUUAACCGGAUAUGCCAAACAAUUAGACGAUAAACAAAACGAGAUAAGAUGGACUCCUGGUUAUAAUUAUAUUCCUGUAGAUUGUUGUUUUUGGCCAGAUUGUAGUAGAUGUUCUGACUGUGCUGAUUGUUGUAAUCAUUGUCUCCCAACAGAUUGUAUGGAAUGCUUAGGGCAUAUCUUUUGUUGCUGCUCAUUAGCUUCUAAUCCAAAUUCUGGAUGUGACUGCUCUGGUUGUGACUGUAGUGGAUUAGAUUGUGGAAAUGUUGAUUGUGGGGGUGAUUGUGUUAUUUGUUGUUGUGCAUAA